AUGGGUGAUCAUAAAAAAAAUGAACAUGAAUUAAAUUUUUCAUUUAUGGUACAAAAUGAAACAAUGGAUAUAAAAAGAAUAAAUAUGCCUGUUAUUUCACAACCAUCAACACGGCCAAAUACUUUACCAUUAGAUGGACAAUGUGGCAACAAUACAGCAUUAUUUACAUCUGGUAACUAUAAUAAUCUUUUAUUAUCAACACCGGAUUUGAUUAAUGCUCUUGUCACGCCAACAGCUAAUGACAUACAAUCUUCAAUAGGUGCUAAUAUACUUGAUGAAAUACUUCCUACUCAUAUCGAUAAUAGUAAUCGUUCAAUUUUACAACCAAUGAAUCUAUUUGAUCAUGCUGCAUAUAAUAUAGUAUCUAAUACUGAUAAUCGACAAUAUGAAAAUAUUUCAACAUAUCCUAGUAAUCGAUCCAAUUCUCAAACAUCUUCAUAUAAUCCAUCGGUAUCAUCAGUAACGAUGGAUAAUGAAUCAUCAAAUUCAACAGAACCAUCAAGUCCAUCGUCUAUGCAUCAAAAAUUUAAACGAGUUAAAGAUGAAUUACAACAUGUUCCAUCAAUACGAACAAAAUCUCACGAUGAACCAAAUGAUGUAGUAAGAAAAGAAAAAAAACGUGAAAGAAAUCGACAAGCAGCACAAAAAUGUCGUACAAGAAAAUUAACACGUAUUGCCGAAUUACAAAAACGUGUUAAUGAAUUACAAGGCAAAAAUAAAGAUCUAUCCAAUGUAGCUGAAUGUUUGAAAUCUGAUAUAACAAACUUAGAAAAAAAAUUAUGUGAUCAUCAUGCCCAAGGAUGUGUAUUAAUGAAUGGAUCAAUAUUAUAA